AAUUUUGAUCUCAGUUAAUCUAAAUUUUCAACAAAUUCUUUUGCUUUCGGUCGUGUGACACAUCAAGAUGGCAGAGCAACAAAGAAAUCUCGGCGGCAAAGUAGCCUUAAUUACAGGAGCAAGUAGUGGUAUUGGAGCUUCUACAGCUGUACUCUUCUCUCAGUUAGGUGCAGCGUUAGCUUUGACAGGACGCAAUGAGGAAAAUUUGACCAAAGUUUCAGAGGAGUGUAUAAAUGUUUCUAAAACAAAGCCUCUACUAAUUGUUGGAGAUGUAACCAAUGAUGAAGAUGUGAAGAAAAUUGUUGAGGAGACCAUAAAGCAUUAUGGGAGAAUAGAUAUUCUAAUUAACUGUGCUGGCAUAUUAGAAUCUGGUACUAUUGAAACUACCUCGCUGGAACAAUUUGAUCGUAUGUUUAAUACUAAUGUCAGAUCUAUCUACCAUCUUACCAUGUUGUGUACUCCUUAUCUUGUUGCAUCUAAAGGCAACAUUGUCAAUGUAUCCAGUGUAAAUGGCAUCCGCUCAUUUCCUGGAGUUCUUGCCUACAACAUGACCAAAUCUUCCGUUGACCAGUUCACACGAUGUGUUGCUCUAGAGCUGGCACCAAAACAAGUCAGGUGUAAUUCUGUAAAUCCAGGCGUUGUCAUAACAGAGGUUCACAAAAGAAGUGGAAUGAAUGAAGAGGCUUAUGCAGCAUUUCUAGAAAGAAGUAAAACUACCCACGCCCUUGGAAGACCAGGACAGCCAGAAGAGGUUGCCAGAACAAUAGCAUUUCUGGCAUCAGAUGAUGCGUCAUUUAUCACUGGGGCCAACCUUCCUGUAGAUGGAGGCAGACAUGCCAUGUGUCCAAGAAUUACUUGGCCUACAGCUAGCGACUCAAUGGCAGCUGCAGUAAAAAAUCUCACAGGCAAAGUUGCAUUGAUCACAGGAGCAAGUAGCGGUAUUGGUGCUGCAACAGCAGUUUUGUUUUCAAAGCUUGGUGCAACUCUUGCUCUUACUGGGCGUAAAGAGGAUAACUUAAACAAAGUUGGAGAAGAAUGUAGCAAAAAUACUUCAGAACAGCCAUUACUAAUUGUUGGUGACUUAAGUAACAGCAAAGAUAUAGAAAGGAUUGUUGAUUCAACAAUAAAACACUUUGGGAAGCUUAACAUUUUAGUUAACAAUGCCGGUAUUUUGGAAAUGGGCAGUAUUGAAAAUACAUCAAUGGAGCAAUUUGAUAGGAUGUUUAAUGUGAAUGUUAGAUCGAUGUAUCAGAUGACCAUGUUGUGUACACCCCAUCUGAUCUCCACACAAGGAAAUAUUGUUAAUAUAUCCAGUGUCAAUGGAAUAAGAUCUUUCCCUGGUGUUUUGGCUUACAAUAUGACUAAAGCAUCAGUAGACCAGUUUACAAGAUGUGUGGCUCUAGAGCUUGCCCCUAAGCAAGUUAGGUGUAAUGCAGUUAAUCCUGGUGUGAUAGUCACAGAGCUUCAGAAGAGAGGAGGUUUGGAUGAAAGUGCUUACGCAGCUUUCCUAGAGAGGUGUAAGACGACUCAUGCCUUAGGGCGACCUGGCCAGGUGGAUGAAGUGUCCAGGGCUAUAGCUUUCCUGGCCUCGGAUGACGCCAGCUUCAUCACUGGCGCCAGCCUGCCAGUUGAUGGUGGACGACAUGCCAUGUGUCCAAGAUAAAUCUUUGCCUUGCAUCUGGACACUGGUCAUGGAACUAGUCAUUGAAUUUUAAAUGAGGACAGUUUUAGAGAUGAGUUAUAAUGUUACACAGACUAUAAGCAGAUUCUAAUGGUAAGGGUGAUUGGUGUGGUAUUUUACACAGCAUUAAGAAAAACCUUUACAUGUAAAUUGAAGAUUUUUGGUCCAAAACAUUAUGGCCCACUGUCUAAUGGUAAGGGUACAUUGUUUAAUGUUUAACAUAUUUAGAGAUCCUUAUUCUGUAUAUUGAAAUUUGUGUCCUAAAAUAUAAGUCCCUAUUUGUUAUGAUAUGGGUAAUUUGGUGUUUUAUACAGCACUUAGAAAGCCUUUACUAGAAUAUUGAAGAUUUUGAGGUCCAGAAAAUUAGGGUCAAUGAAUUGUACAAACCAGUGAUGAAUAUUCUGUAACAGCUAGAGAAGAAAAAGAGCAGUUUCUCUACAUCACUGGUGAUUCUAUCCAUUAAUUACUUACCCUUGUAUCUAAAAGUGAAAACUGAAAAAAAAAUAAUUUGGUGUGGAAUGUGUGUAUGUGGCCUUGUUAAAAUGUUUGAAAUAGUUGUACUGGUAUGUACGCAUUGUUUUUGUUUUCUUGAAGAAUUAAAAAAAAUCAGAAAUAAU